AUGGAGGGAGAUUCUGUCACUCUACACAGUGAUGUUACUAAAGUACAGGGAGAUGAUCUGAUACUGUGGUUGUUUAGACCUGAAGAGACUUGUAUAGCUCAAAUCUAUAAGCUGAACAUUGACAUGUAUGACAGUACUGUGACAUUUGGAUACAGACUGCAGAUGGACAGUCAAACUGGAUCUCUGACCAUCAGAAACAUCAGAACUGAACACAGUGGACUUUAUAAACUACAGAUCUUCAGAAACAGAAAAACUUCAUACGAAAGAUUCAGUGUUACUGUCUAUGCUCGUCUGCCUGUUCCUGUCAUCACCAGAGACUCUUCACAAUGUUCUUCAUCUGAAAGAUCAUCAAGCUGGAACUGUUCAUUGCUGUGCUCAGUAUUGAAUGUGAAUCAUGUGACUCUCUCCUGGUACAAAGGAAACAGUUUAUUGUCCAGCAAAAGUGUGUCUGAUCUCAGCAUCAGUCUCUCUCUACCUCUGGAGGUGGAAUAUCAGGAUAAAAACACCUACAGCUGUGUGAUCAACAAUCCCAUCAGCAACCAGACUCAAAACAACAUUAACAUCACUCAACUCUGUCACACGUGUCCAGGUAUCACAGAAUCUUUACAGGGCCAGCAUUUACAUCUCAUAGUGCCGAUAGCUGUUACUAUUGUUGUGCUGGUAGUGGUCACAGCUGUCGUUGCAUUUAUGAUGCACUACCGCCCCAUAAAAUGUAAGCAAGCAGGAGAAGAUGGGUAGGCCUGUUGUUGCAGAUGUUCACACUGUGUAUUCAAGUGUUAAGAUAUGAACGUGGAUCCAACAGACUGUUCAUUCAUUGUUAUUUUGUAGCUUUCAUCAUUCAGCUUUUUUU